AUCAGCCUCAUUCACGACUCCAUCUUCAACAUUUGGACUGCUACCGCAAUUACUUGUGCCCCUCCUCGCAAGUUAGCAAGCUUCAGCAUGGCUUCCACUGUCAAUCCCCCAGAUACUACCGCCAUCAGUCUACAACGCCUCCUCACACACCUCGAGCAUACCCUACUUUCGCCGGACGCCGACACCAACCUGCGGAAGUCCAGCUACGAUCGCGCAAAAGUUGGCGCAAAUCUCGAAUACGCUCGGUCGCUUCUUCUGAAACUAGAGCAUGACAGCUCAGGCAUCAAAAUCCUGUCGCGAAAACAGGCCCUCCAGGCCGACCUCCAAGCCAAGCGGGCACUCAUAAAGCAACUAAACAAACGACUGUACGAGCUCAACCAGAUCGACGACAGCUCUGAAGGAGGAUCUGCUUCAGAAUCUGAGGAUGGCGAAGACAUAUUCCCCUCAUAUGCGCCCGCGGUCAGGAAUACAUCGAGUUCCAUAGACCAUGUGAACAGAGAGGAGAAUCCUGCCCUGCAAGAAGCAGCCGCAAAUCUAUCGUCAACACUCCGGUCACGGAAAUCACAACCAGCGUCAAAUGCUGCUACCACUGGCGCCUCUCUGUUCGGGUCUAAUACGCAAUCUGCCUCGGCCAAGCCGCAGACAGAAACACUUCUCUCACACAACCGGAACGAGCAGGAAACUUUAACAACCUCCCUUCUCGAUAUGGCGAAAGCUCUCAAAAACCAGUCUUUACAGUUCGCCGGCGCGUUGGAAUCGGAGAAGUCGAUACUAGACAGGGCAGUGACAGGCUUGGAUAAGAAUGCCACAGGUAUGGAGGCAGCAGGACAGCGGAUGGGCACAUUACGAAGGAUGACAGAGGGAAAGGGAUGGUGGGACCGGAUGAAGCUCUACGGCAUGAUCUUCGGCUUGUGGUUCAUCGCAUUUGCGAUUGUGUUCAUAUUGCCAAAGCUCCGAUUCUAGGGGCGAGCUGCAUGGGAUACGGAGUUAACGGAGCAUAGCGAUGGAUUGUAAUGCAGACAUGAUAAUUAAAAGAGCAAAUACGAUGCUCGUGUACAACGCCUGAACGCC